UGAGUGAGUGAAUGAGUCAACGAAGGAAAGAGCAAAUUGCAUUCUAGCUCACUGGCUAGUUCAGUUCUCUUAUUGUACACAAAUUAAAGACGAUAGAGUUGACACUCCAACAAGAAAUAGCAGAGAAACUUUGAAGAUAAUACAAUGGUUCGUUUCACCACACAAGUCCUGACCGUGGCCGUCAUGUUGGCAACCAGUGCGGCAUUCACUCCGUCUAUCGGUACACUGAACGUGCAGCAUUCUUCCUUUCCAAGAAUUGUUCCAUCACCUAGAACAUCAGCGACAAGACUCUACGAAUCCCAGCUUACUGCGGAGGUUGGAACGAAGGCAGAGGAAGAGACCGUUGCCAGUGCGGAACCAAUUGUGACACAAGCAACAGCUCAGGAGGCGACCGAGUCAGCAGCAGAAAAGGCUGCAAAGACCCCAGCCCCCAAGAAGGCCGCACCGAAGAAUAAUCACAAGGAAGGAGUCUUUUCUCCAUUGGUGGUUUUCAUGAAGGAGGUGAUGGGCGAUGAAAACCUCAAUAAACUCCGUGGCAAGGCAAUUUCAGUGCAUUCCAACGUCAUUGGUAGCUUUGUGGAUACUUCGGAUUCCCGUUUUGGAGACGCCGUCCUGCGAGCCCUCUUUCGAGUAGCAGACGCGAACAAUGACGGGACCAUUAGCAAGGAUGAACUCCAAGCGGCGUUUCAAUCGUUGGGUUUUGAGUGGCUGCAAGAGAAGCAGGUGCAAGGAAUCUUCAAGCGAGCGGACACUGACGGCAAUGGUACAAUUGACAUGGAGGAAUGGGUUCAAGAGGCCCCCAAAACGUUGCGAACCAAUUUGACCAAACUGGCGAAGAAAAAUGGAAGUGAGCUGGGCCUUCUUUCAUAGAUACCAUACUGUUAAAACAAUAUAUAAUAGAAAAGCGAUUUUGAUCUUU